CACCCAGCUGCCAGUUUUUACCAGCCAUGGCGAGCGAAGAGCUCUUGGAGCGCGCGUCAGCAGGACGGCACCAGGACGUCCAGCGCCUGCUGGAGGAGCGGGCGGACGUGGAAUGGGCGGACCGCAACGGGUACACGGCCCUCUCGGAGGCGGCCAUGGCGGGCCACACCAUCGUGGUGGGCCAGCUGCUGAGGGCCUUGGCGGACCCCAACUCCCAAGCGGUGGACGGGCGCUCCCCGCUGCACCGCGCCGCGGUGCACGGCUGGCUGCCCAUCGCGCGGCUUUUGGUGGAGCACGGCGGCGACCCCGAGUUGGCGGAUGACGAUGGGCGGACCCCGACGCAGCUCGCCGCCAAGGA